AAGAUUACUUGUCAAAUCAUUCAACACUUGAAUAUGAUUCUUAAUUUAUUUUCAAUGUUUAUUUAAUUGAUUAUUUAUUUUAAUUUCUAACUAUAUUACUCAUUACUACUUAUAUUAAGUAGUAUAAUACUGAAGUUCUCAUUCAAUUAUUUGAUUAGAAUGAUGUUAGUUCUCAUUGAAUAUAAAUAAUUAUGUAAACAAAGUGAAAGAAGAUAUAUCUUUUUGAUAAAAAAAGAAGUAAUCCCCUUUUGAAAUUGAACAUUGAACGGGUGAAAAAAAACAGAAAAUAAAAAAAAGACAAUUGAUAUCAUUCCAAAAGUAUCCCUUUAUUUAUUUAUUAUUAUUACUAUUAUUAUUAUCAUCAAAUAAAUUCCGUCUAAUUUAUGUGUAGUUUAAUUGGAUUUCAAUCUUAUUCACAUUCAUAUUUACAUCUUUAUGAAUCGAUCAUGUUCAUUCAUUAAUUUUUUUCGAUCCAUCUAAUAAAAUUUGAAAGAUUUGAAGCGAUUUUUACUGAAAUUCUUGAUCCAACUCUCUCUCCCGCCCUCAUCGGAACAAAGAAAGCAAACUCAACAAUCAAUUGAAUUAUAUAUUCAUUUCUAGUGUAUUUUUAUAAUAUUCGGUUCAAUCAUACCAUUCACUGACAAGUAUGUUUAUUACAAAUUGGAGGAAUAUUAUAAACAGAUUUAUGUGGAUAACAGCUAUACUCAUUAAUCAUAUACAAUGUGAAACAGAGUUGAUCAAAUCAAAUAAAUUAAUAAUUGGUUCAUUAAUUGAAAUGGAUUAUUGGAAUUUAUAUCGUCUUCCUAAUCAAUCAACUGUUUGUAAUCAAUUUAUAAAUUCAUAUUAUUUGGAUGAUUUAAACGAGAAUAGCAGAUCAGUACCUCUUUCUAGCUCAUCACUUUCUUCUGACACAUUAAGCUCUUCUACUUCUUCUUCUUCAUCAAUUUCCACCUCAUCAUCUUCUUCCUCAUCUACUUCAUCAUCAUUAUCUGGAAGUACUAAUCUUCGGGAUCGUAAUAAACCAACAAAUUGGGUUAAUACAAUUGAAUUUGAUCCUAUUGGUUUAAAUGGAUUAAUACAAUUACCAAAACAAGAUAAAUCACAUCUAUUUGAUUAUAAUCAACGUUUAAAAACAGUGUUACGUAAUCGACAACCAACAUUAUUUACAUUCACUAGUCCAUUAUAUCCAGAUAAUUAUCCACCAAAUACUGAUUGUAUCAAAGUUAUUAAAGCUCCACAAAAAGAUCAACAAAUUAUUCUAGACUUUCGUGGACCUUUUCAAUUUGAACCUUCAGCAGAUUGUAUCAAUGAUUAUUUAGAAGUACGUGAUGGUGAAUAUGGUUUCUCUCCAUUAAUUGGUCGAUUUUGUUCAGAUAAUCGUCAAUUACAUUCAAUCAAAUCAACUGGUCAAUGGUUACGAUUACGUUAUCAUUCAGAUUUUAGCAUUGAAAAAGCUGGAUUUCAAGCUGUUUAUUAUUUUAGUAAAUUAAGAAAUAUUGAUGAACCGUUACCACAGAAACCAAUUGUUACAACUACAAUUAUUAUCGAUAAUGAAAUGAUAUUUGAAACAAAAGAUUUAAUGAAAUUAUGGGAUGAUUAUACAGAAACAUUAAUAAAAACUAAAUCUCAUCCAAUUGAUCGAUUAAUUGAAAUCAUUAUUGAUUUUCGAACAAACAAAAGUGAUUUGAUGCUUAUGAUCCAUUUAAACUUUAUAAAAUUUCAAUUCAUUGAUCCAGAAUGUAAAAAUAAUUUCAUUGAAAUCUAUGAAGAAUUUUUCUUAUCUAAUCAUGAUACCAUAUUACCUAUUCCAUCUGUAUUAUUAAAACGUAAUAAAGUAAAUAGACCAAUGAAUGAACAAUUUAUACCCAAAGUAAUUAAAGUAUGUAAUCAACCCUAUUUAAAACCAUUUAUCAAUAAAUUAGGUCGUAGUAUAGUGAGAAUUAUCAUAUCACCUGAAUUCAAAUCAACUGAAUCUAUUAUUGAAUAUGAAUAUAUAAAUAAUAAAAGUAAACCAUCUAUAACAAAAUUACCAGAAAUUAAAAUUAUUAUUACAGCAAUUAAAAAAGCACUUUGUCAAAAUGAUUGGGUACCAUGUAUACGACCAACUGAUUAUAUUGCUUAUAAAGAAUAUUUCAAUUUAACUGUACGAUCAAAAACUUCAUCUAAACAAAUCAACAAUGAUAAUAACAACAAUGAUAAUGAUAAAGAUAAUAAUAAUGAUAAUAAACAAAAUAAAAAAAUGUCAACAUUACAAACUAUAACACCUUUAACUAUGACAACUAUAAAUAAUAAUGAAAUGAUUACUACAAAUCCUAUUACAUUACAAUAUCAUCCAACAUUACCUAAAAUAAUUUAUUGUUUAUCACCUAAUUUAAUAUGUAAUAAUAGAAUCAAUUGUCCAAAUGGUGAAGAUGAAGAAAUGUGUCCACGUCCACCAGAUGGUUUAGAAGCAUUUGAUAUGCCUGUACAUAAACAUGAUUCAAUAGAUGACUUGAAUAUUCAAACUACCGAACAAAUAUCAACUACCAAAAAAAUUGAUAGUUUAUCAUCAACCUCUGAAGAUGAUGAUGAAUUUCGUCAUCAUACGCCAAUUAUUGCUGGUCUUUUAGGAUUUUGUGCUAUUUGUGGUCUUAUUUCAGCUGGAAUGACUUUAGUGAAUCGGUCAAAAAAACAGAAACAUCCCAAUUUCGGUAGUGUUUGUAAUAGUAUACUAUUUGAAUCUGGAACUUCAUUAAUUACAGCAUUAGAUUCAUCUGGUUCAUUAUCUAAUUUUAAAUCAUUACAGAUUAAUGAUUGUAAAUGUGAAACUUUGAAUUUUGUUGAUAAUUUAAAUCAAAAAUCACAAGGUAAAGAAUUACCAUUCAAUGUUUCAAGUGUCACUACUAUUGGUACUUUUGUAUCAACAACAACACUGACAACUACAACAACAAAUGUAACUGAUACAUUAAAAAAAGAAGAUAAUAAACCUUUAAAAACUUCAUGUAAAUGUACUUAUUUCAGUUGUACAAAUUUAUGUUCAAAUAACACUUCAACAAUCCCUACUUUAAAUAAACAAACAACACCAACAAUUGAAGAUAAUAACGAUGAUGAUAGUGUUGAUGAUGUUGAAGAUCAAGAACAAACAAGUGAUGUUGAUGAUGUAAUAAAAUAUGAUUUAAAGUCAACAACGACUGGAUUGGCUGAAAUUUUUGAUCGUGCAACCAAACCUUUAGGUUAUAUACAUAAAUUAGACUCAAGUCCAGCAUGGAAUCAAUCGAUAAAUCACCACUCCAGUGCUAUACAUCAAUUAAGAGAAGUACAAAAGAAAAGAUCAACAUAUAAUUCAUCCAACCUAUAUGAAUAUCCAACCAAUCGUAGUCUGGGACAAUUACCAAAUACCCUAGUUAUACCUGUUGCUAGAUUAUCGAAGACAUCUCAUUCUCCUACAGUUAAACAACAAACUACGCCAAAACCAUACUAUAAGUCAGAGGUUAGUCGUUCAGAUCCUUUUUCAUUGAAAGAACAGUCAAAAUUUGAUGAAACUAAUGAUGAUCGUUCACAUUGGAAUGAGCAUUUAAAAUUUGAUAAUCUAAGACGAAGUUUUUCAGUUCGACCUAUUAAAACAAAUAAUUCAGCAUUUACACCUUAUGUUUCAUGUACUUCAUUAAAACAAAAAACAUUACCAACUGAAUUAUUAGAAUAUGAUUUACAUGAUAAAAAUGAUUUAAAAACGUAUUAUCAACCACGACAUAGUUUUGAACAACAACAACAACAACAACAACUUACUUCAGACAUAAAUAUAUUCUCUAUAUUGAAUACUGAACACCAACAUCAACAAUCACAACAAUGGAAACGUGAACAUAAACGUAAACAUUUUAAAGGUAUUGCACCGAAACGAGCAAAACAUGAAAAUAAUUUUACAUUUCAAGAACAAUCACAACUACGCAACAUUCCAUUACACCAAAGAAUUGGUAUACCUCAAAAAGAUUCUUCACAAUAUAUACAAGAGACUCAAUCAACUCCACGGGAAUUACUCACUUUAAAUAAAUUAAGUCAGUUUACGAACGGUGAACUGAUAGACAUGGAAAAUGAAAACUAUCCUCAUCACUAUAAAUUAUCUAAAAAAGAUAUGAAACAUGUCCUACCAUCAUUAACCAACAUGACGAUGAUGAAGCCGACAAUAACAACAGUAUCAGUAACACCUGUCACAUCAACUACUAAUAAUAUUAUGAGUAGCGUACAACGAUAUCAUACAAAACUAUACCAACCACAAGUAGCACCUCCAUCAACAGCAUUACCAUCGUCAUCAUCAUCUAACUGGAUAAUAAUGCCAAAUCAGAAACAAAAUUCCCACAAUGGUGAUGAGUCGUCGUCUUGUUGUAUUUCACAAAACGAUAAUGAAAGUGAAACAACUAGUGAUGGGAAUGAUUUGCGUCAUCAGAAUUCGAAAUUCAAAUCUAGAACACUACCGAGAGGAAUAGACCGACCUAUGGAUCCGAUGAAAACAAUAAGAAAACCAGCUAAACGAAUGAAAUAUUACGAAUCGAACUCGGCUAAUAUUGACCAAGAUUCAAUUUCCCAAGAAUUACUGCAUAAUAAUGAUGAUGCUAGGAAGAGUAGUUCACCGAUAACGCAUAAUCUUAUUAAAAGCACUACUAAUAUUAAUAAUAAUAUUUGCAAACCAAUUUUUGAAAAUCUACAUUUAUUUGAGAGUUCCAGUGAAAUUUUUCAAUGUAAUUGUAAAUUAAGUAGUAAUAGUAAAUAUCAUUUCCCAUCUAGUUAUUCAGUAAUUGAUGAAACUUUAUCAGAUGUAAAAAUUAGACAUGACAAUACUAGUGGCAGAAUCGUGCGAAAAAAUGCAUCAUGGAAUGAUAUGAGUUAUAGAAAUGAGUAUUUAUGCUAUCAUGAUGAUGAUGAAGUGGAGGAGGGUGACGAAGAAGACGAUGAUGAACUAGAUGAGCAGACAAAUGGAAAUACUGAACAGUCUUCGGAGGUGGAUAAUUCUAGUAUUGAACGAGUUGAAGAUCCAAAUGGAGUCAGAAAUCUACAAGACAAUCAGUUGCCUGAUGCAACUUUAUCGCCUGACGGUAGUACAUCAGAAGAAUCUCAGUGUCAACUGAACAUGAGCAAUCACACCACACCUAUGAAACGAUCGCACGAGACAGCUGUUGUUAUAAUUACUUCUAAAGGUCGAACAGUGCAAUCCACAAAAAUCACAUAAUGGUGUUCGUAACAUAGUUGUAGUGGAUUUUUUCUUGAAAUGAAAUGUCACCCCAACAAAAGCAAACACCUAACAACUAAUACUUUUUGUUCCAAGGAAUUUUGAGUAUUUAAAGAAAAAACUAUUGUUCCUCUUUUUGUUGUCCUACCGGUAGUGAUAAUAUAAAAUACUAAAAAUUAAACUUUU